GUUAUAUUUAUGAUUACUGGAUACCAGAAUAUGCACUGAACAUACAUGUUGUGUACAGUAUUGUAGUGAUUAUUAAGCGCUGGUUGUGAGCACUGGAUACUGUCAAUCGGGUAAUACUUGAUCUCCGCUAUCGAGUGCCACAAAUACAACGAAAACAUACAAAAUAUGAGUGAAACAGAGUUAAUGUCUGAACUCGACUUCAAGAUACGCGACAAAAGCGACGAUGAUUUGUACGGAUGGCAGGCAUUGCCUGACGUACUGUUAGAAGAGAUAUUCAGUUUGCUAUCGAUUAAAGAGAGACACAACGCGUCUCAGGUAUUCCUGAACCGAAUGGGCCUUAAUUUGCGUAAAAUAAUAGUCAAACCGAUGGAUAACUUUUUCAAUUUAUAUGAGUUUAUGAAAAUGUUGUCAUAUUUUGCCGAAUUCUACGAUCAAAACCCAUUGCAAAGAGUGAAUGGAUUGGACUUCACUUUCUCUUGUCAUCAAUUGUUAGAAAGGGAUGGAAAGGAAGAGACAAUUUUCGGCACCGGAGGAAAGCUUUUGCAAUCACUGAUGAGACUCAUGCGAAACCUAAAUGGUCUUCAAUACCUAUCACUUCGAGAGCUAUUACUGGAGCCAAACGAAGCCCAGUAUCUGUUGGACGACGUGGCCGUCAAUUGUUGCCAAACACUGACCACAUUAAAAGUGAUCAAUUGCUCCAAACGUCCCUAUCCUAUACUACAUGUCGGAGUGUUUAUCAAUUUGAAAAUGUUGGUCAUUUCUCCGCAG